GUCACACGGGGUCGCAGUACGCCCAAAAAUAACAACACACCUCCGCGCACAAGCAAGUGCCUCCCCUGGGGGGGGGGUUCUAGUCCCAAAUAUACUUGCUUGCUGGGAUACAGCUUGAUGUGUGUGUUUGAAUCGUAACGAAAAAAACAAGCCGCGUCUUCCUCGCUAUUGCGCGUCAUUCAAACAGGACUCGGUGUACUGCUUUUCCCCUCUGUUGCAUUAGUAAUAACAGCGGCGUUGACUGGAGACAGCAGGAGAGAGAGAGUGUGUGUGUGUUUCUCAGACAGCGGUGCCCAGCGGAGGAAUAUUUGAGCUUUUUUAUUUACUCUGCAGCUUGUUGUUCGUUUUCCUCUACAUUAUGGUGAACUUGGACAGUCACGUGUGAAGAUCUCGACAAGUACAGAGGACGGCGACUUCUCACCUGUGUGUGUCCCUUUGACUUUACCGUGAGGGAAAUAUACCUGCCGUGUUUUUCUGUGAUAGCUGACAUUGCUGGAUUCCUUCCACUCCUGUGACGGACAACAACUGCAAGUUCUCUCCCCGAGGGAUGAAAUAUGCCAACUCUGCGCCCGUAAAAAGAAGCAGACGACACACACUGUAAAGUCCAAAGUGGUUUAAAAUCAUGAUGAUGCAGGAGUCGGCCACAGAGACAAUAAGCAACAGUUCAAUGAGUCAAAAUGGAAUGAGCACCCUAAGCAGCAGCCAAUUAGAGGCUGGCAGUAGAGAUGGGAGAUCAAGCGCUGGUGACACGAGCAGCGAAGUAAGCACAGUCGAGCUGCUGCAUCUGCAACAACAGCAGGCCCUACAAGCAGCGAGGCAAUUACUCUUGCAGCAGCCAGGCAGUGGCCUGAAAUCUCCAAAGAGCCAGGACAAGCAGCGUCCACUGCAGGUUCCAGUGUCAGUGGCCAUGAUGAGUCCCCAGGUGAUCACGCCGCAACAGAUGCAGCAGAUCCUCCAGCAGCAGGUCCUCUCCCCGCAGCAGCUCCAGGCUCUGCUCCAGCAGCAGCAAGCUGUCAUGCUGCAGCAGCAACACCUGCAGGAGUUUUAUAAGAAACAACAGGAGCAGCUUCAUCUGCAGCUUCUGCAGCAGCAGCACCCUGGAAAGCAGGUAAAAGAGCAACAGCAACAGCAGCAGCAGCAGCAGCUGGCCGCCCAGCAGCUCGUCUUCCAGCAGCAGCUUCUGCAGAUGCAGCAGCUCCAGCAGCAGCAGCACCUGCUCAACAUGCAGCGGCAGGGCCUGCUCUCGCUGCCCGGGCCUGCACCCGGCCAGGCCGCCCUGCCCGGACAAAACCUGCCCCCACAAGCUGGCUUGAGCCCAGCUGAGCUCCAGCAGUUGUGGAAGGACGUGACCGGAGGCGGUGGCGGCGGCCACAACAUGGAGGACAACGGCAUCAAACACAACAGCAACGCUGGAACAGGCAACGGUGGCGGAGUAGUCAGCGGCGGCUUAGACCUCUCCACCAACAACUCUUCUUCAACUACCUCCUCCAAUCCCGCCAAAGCAUCGCCGCCCAUCUCCCACCAUUCCAUCGCCAACGGACAGUCCCCCGUGCUCAACCACAGAAGAGAGAGGGAACGGGAAAGGGAAAGGGAAAGGGAGCGAGAGAGUUCACUACAUGAAGAAAGCGGAGGGACCCACCCCCUGUACGGUCACGGUGUGUGUAAAUGGCCCGGCUGUGAGAACAUCUGCGAUGACUUUGGACAGUUUUUGAAGCAUCUAAACAGUGAACAUGCCCUUGAUGACCGGAGCACAGCCCAGUGUAGAGUCCAAAUGCAAGUCGUACAGCAGCUGGAAAUUCAGCUUUCUAAAGAACGUGAGCGUCUUCAGGCGAUGAUGACCCACUUGCACAUGCGGCCCUCGGAACCCAAGUCAUCUCCCAAACCACUCAACUUGGUGUCCAGCGUCACCAUGUCCAAGAACUUGCCCUCAGCAUCGCCCCCCAACUUACCUCAGACACCCACCACGCCCACAGCACCCAUCACACCAAUGAGCGCCAUGCCCCAGGUGCCGUCAGUGCUGGGAGGAGCGAACGUCCCCAGCAUGGGAGCCAUGCGCAGACGCCACUCGGACAAAUAUUCCAUCCCUCUGUCGUCAGAGAUUGCCCCAAACUACGAGUUUUAUAAGAACGCAGAUGUCAGACCGCCAUUUACUUAUGCAACCCUCAUAAGACAGGCUAUCAUGGACUCUGCCGACAUGCAGUUAACGCUUAAUGAAAUCUACAGCUGGUUCACACGCACGUUCGCCUACUUCAGACGCAACGCUGCAACUUGGAAGAACGCCGUGCGCCACAACCUCAGUCUGCACAAGUGCUUUGUGCGCGUGGAGAACGUGAAGGGGGCGGUGUGGACGGUGGACGAGGUGGAGUACCAGAAACGCAGGUCGCAGAAGAUCACAGGGAGCCCAUCACUUGUCAAGAACCUGCCCUCCAGCCUCGGCUAUGGAACUGCACUAAACGCCAGCUUACAGGCCGCUCUGGCAGAGACCUCCCUGCCUCUGCUCGGGACCCCCGGCCUCAUGAACAGCUCCGCAGGCCCGAUGGGAGGCAGCUGUCAUGGCCUACUGGGCGGUGACCCAUCCAUACUGUUGGGCGGUAGUCCGCCCGGACUCUUGGGCGGGAGUCCACCGGGAAUGAUGGGCGGCAGCCCCCCAGGUACACUCAGCUGCAGCCCCCCCAACCUGUUGCAGUCAGCCCAUGAGGAACUGAACGGCUCGCUCGACCACCUGGACACCAACGGACACAGCAGCCCCGGAUACUCCCCACCAGUACACAUGCCGCACAUUCACGUGAAGGAGGAGCCACUCAACAUGGACGACGACGACUGUCCGAUGUCACUGGUGACGACAGCCAAUCACAGUCCAGAGCUGGAUGACGACCGGGAGCUGGAGGAAGGGAACUUAUCAGAGGACCUGGAGUGACUAGGAUACAGUUUUUGGUCAAUGUAUCCCUCCGCCCCGCCGCACUGUUUGUCUCACACAGACCACCUGCAAGACUAGAAAAAAAAAAAAACCACUCCACAGUCCAAGAAAAACCCACAGCUGACUCUCCUCUCUCGUCUCUCUCACCACUGGGACUAUUUAUUGAGCAUGCAUCCGGGUGGAGACCGGUCCAAAGGAACUCUUUGUUGCAGCCCUUUGGGAUCCCCCCUGAACAUGACAGGCAUGAGAUGUCUGGUUUAAAAAAAUGAACUCUUUGAGACCUAUUUCAUUGGAGAUGGCGUGGCCACGUACAGUACAAGGAUGAUGGACUCAUGGAUGGGGAAAAAAACCUGAAACAAAUGAGCAAAUCAUGUUCCGUUGAAAGCUAGCGGCCUCAUAUACUGCCAAAAAGGAAGACGUUUUAUGUUUGUGAAUAACCCCCUCCCCUUCCCCCCCUCCCUCCCUCCCAGUAGUUGUUUAUGUCUAGAGACAAUUGCUGGUUCAAUUCAAGUUGUUGCUCUGUUAUCAUUUGCACAGGAGUAGUCUCAGAAGUUUGUGUCACUGCCUGUAUGUUGCUACUAUUAUCAAACCAGUAUAUUAUUUUUAGCUUUUUUUUUUUUACCAUCUUUAAUUUCAAAAAGUAUGAUUUUUUUUUUUUUUAGAUACCACCGACUGUAAAUGCCAUUCCCCGAAUCGCACCAGAAACGGAACUUCGGUACCAAGACUGUUGUUGCAGCUGUCCAGAAAAAAAAAGAGUUAAAAAAAAAGUAAAAAAAAAAAAAAAAGUUGGCUUCCAGUCUAUUAUCUGUUUGUGAUUAAAAUGAAAAAAACAGGAAAAUUAGUUGGGGAAAGAGAAGUUUGUGUAAAGCACCAUUAACAAAACAAAUGCAUUUCUGCAUAAUUUUCUUCUUGCUGUUAUCCUUUACCUCCUCGUACGAAAGCUUUGUCUACCUGCUAACAGUCACAGGCAACAGCUAGAAACCAAAGCCAACACUAGCAAUGGCCAAUAGCUUAUGAGCAGAAAACACCAAACUCCUCUUGGUCUUCUGCGACUUUAAACUAGUAACAAAGAGAAGCUUUUGUUCCGCAAACUACCUUCGAAAAAAACCUCUGGGAUUGUUUCAUUUAGCCCUAUACAAAGAUGAUCACGAGUUUAAGAGAUGAGGGGAAGUAAAAAUGCUGAUUUUGAUGUGUAAUUUGAUAACUCAUAGAGCGUCCACUUUGGAGAUUUUUCUGCCAGACGUACUGUAGGUAAAAGGUUAAUGUGAUAUUUGAACUGCAGUCAUUUUGUGCUGGUGAUUUGACUGGUAGAGAGCAGCUAACUGUAAAAGUGGAAUAUGACCAAAACAAAACAUUUGUGUAUUUAAUGGAAGUGCAGACACAUUGUGUUAUUGUGAAUUUGAUUUCUUUUUCUUUUGCAUUACACAUCAGAAGUCAUUUUUCUUUUAUUUUGUAGGGGUUUUCUUUUUCUAACCUGGUGAUUAUGUAAUGUUCCAAGUGGGACCGUCAAAAUAAUGUCAUGUCUCUCUUUCUGUGGCGGUUUUUGUUUCCGAAGCCGCGUCGAAAAACUGAAAACAUCGCUAACCAAACAAGAAAAAUAUCUAGUGAAGCCAAAUAAGUCAUGAUUUCUGGUAGAAAUGAUGUGGCUUAGUCACCAUGGAGAAGCAAAUAAUAAUAGCCAUUGCGUAAGAGGAUAUUAAAGGUGAACGUUAACCUUUUCUAGGUGAUAUUUGCUUUAACUCAUCAACAAAUACUCAUCGUGUGGUUCAUAGCUUCGAAACUAUAUAGAUACAACACAGAUGUACUCUGUAUAGGUUGCCAGCUUUUUUCUAACACAACUGCUAUCUGUAGAAACUAAAGAGAAGUAGUGGAGACUUCGCCCCGUCAUUUCCCUCACUGCUAAUGUCAUCUAGAAAAGUGUUGUUGCUUUAAUGGUCAUUUCUGUUUUCAGUAAACCAAAGUUACACAAAAUUCUGCCUCCUCUUGUAUGGGAUAAAGAGAUGGUAAAACAACCACACGGAAGACUAGCAUUCAUGCUAGUACGCUAUAUGCUAACGGACACACUCAGACCCAGAGCUACCCGUCAAAGAGUGGCUUUGUUUUUAGUGCUGCGACAAACAACCGACCGAAGUGUACUGUACACUGUGCAUACGUUGUUUUCAAGUGUUUCGCCAAGCCAAGGGAACCCGGCUGUAAGAACUGAACACGCAGACACGAGCAGUACUGUGCAAAAACACACCGCAUGAGAAAAACACACACACACACACAGAACACACGUACGCCAGUUUCACGUCAAAAGGUUACUGGGCCCAGGAACAAAGCUUAUCCCUUCAAUACUUAGCUGGAGUCAGCAAAACGACUUGAAGACCACGUUCUUAAUAAUCUUAUCACACCAAAUAAAAAGGGCGCUGCGUCUUUCAAAAAAAAAAAGAAAAAAAAAAGGGUUCUCCCACUCACCCAAAAAGGCUUUCAAGAAGCUUCUACCUCUGCACAACAAAUUCAGAACAAUUACGACAGAUUGCACGAGAACACCACAAGAGCUGAUACACUUUGCUACGCUUGUCUCAUAGGACGUGGCUCGAAACCAACGUUUACAUUCCCUGCGGCAAGAUAUGGAAAGAUUUGCAUUGUAAUAGGUUGUCCUCAAACAUUUGUAGAAUGAUGAUGUAUAGAUUACCUGUAAGGGAAUAUUGUGUUUUAAAAAUGCAUGUCAAAAAAUCAUUUGGUGGACUGGAAACAAGAACCUAUAAAAGAACAUAAUAAAAAUCAACGGGACGAUGGCCUAAAUGUACGUACAAUGCAUCAGAGUGCAUUACCUCAGAUAUACUGUUUUGGGAGGGAUAAAACCUGUCAGCCACAGAAUGCAUAUUACCUGUAGAUUUGCAUGGGUUUUGUAUAAAUUAAGUAAAAAAAUGUCUAAAAUAGUUGCUUGCACAUAAUACCAGAAAGACCUCCAGAACUGCGAUCUGCUCCUCCACUAGAUUUUAGGAUUGUCUGGAUUUUCUGGGUUGAUUUUGUCUGUAUUUUGAUAACUGUGCAUACUUAUGUAUAAAAAAAAAUGUUGGUGGACCCAUAAAUUUACCAGACUUUUUUCUAAGAGGAAAAAAAAAUCUCAGUGUUUCUUUUCUGACUUACCUGAAUUUUUACUGUUUCUCUCUCAUUGCUCGCUAAGAAUAGCAAACCUGCUUUUUCUGCAUCUGCUUUGCGUAGCUGUAAGGCUUAACCUAAUGUGUGUAUUUAUUGCUUGUACCUCUGUGCAUACUUUAUGAAGCAUUAUGUCUGGCAGUUGAGUCAUGUAUCCUUUCUACUGCUAUCCUUCUCUAAUAAUUGGGAAUAUGAUCCCCCUAUGUAUACAGUAAAUUGGGACUGUAGCAAACAUAUGUUUAUGUAAUUGGUGAAAACUUUUAUUUUUUUGUUUCGAUUCCUUUCGAUUGAGAUUCAGCUCCUUUUUUUGAUACUUUUCAUUACUGUGUACUGUGUCCAUACGUUAAAGGUUCUCUGACAUUAGAAGGUCAUGGUUGAGAAUUGUAACAGACGUUAUUAUUUUCUGUAUUCAUGGCAUUUCACUGCUGAAUAAAAUAAAGGACCAAAACUUGGAAUUUGAAAAGCAA